AUGCAUUGGAAAGGCCUACGGCUUGUCCCUGAUGGCAGCUCUAAGAGGCAGAGCACUCUUGAUCCCUACGCGCAGUCUCGUCGCAGUGAACACCUUCCUCGCCCCUCUCCGCCGGCCACCGAACCGAGACUCUCGGAGUCGACCACUCGAUUGCCGGGUCUAGCUGAGCCAGAUGGAACGAGUACCGCGUUGCUGGGGCUGGAGGUGCCAGAGAAUGGCCAGCCCGAUGGAGUAACCUGCACGGAUUUUGGAAGCUCAUCAGCUGGAGACACGUCCAGUGUGCUUCGAAACCGAUUCAGCUUCAUGAGACUACGCCACGCAUCCGAUCCACAACUUUCCAAGACCUAUGCCAAGGACCAGGAUACGGUUCCUCCGGUGCCUUCUUUGCCGCCUCCGAAAAUCAUCACUACCGCACCUACAAGUAACCAGCUCGACCAGCCGGUCAAACAACGCCACAAGCUCAGGCUCCUACCGAUAUCACGAAAGCAUUCCAUGGAGGAAUUGCCCCGUAAAUCCACCGAACAGUCCACUCCCAAACCUAGCAGAAGAAACCAGGGAUCAACCGAUUCCCACAUCGCCGAGUCCAGUCUGUCGACUUCUCAGGGGAGCAUGGAUGAACCCGGCCGACUUUCCACAACGUCGCUGCGAAGUGGGGGGCGAGAUCAGCCCAAUGAUCCUCACCGCGUUUCCGUGAUCGAUCCCCGAUUCUCCGAAUCCUCGCGGUCGGACCAAAGCUAUGGCGAUCAGGCGGCAUACCGAACCAAUUCCCCCGCGAUGGACAUGGGUCCACCUCCAACGUCAAGCCCCCCUCUUCCCGUUGCCUCCCAAACUACCACCGCCGGCAAAUUGCGGAAUCGGCGCCGGACCCAGAUUCCCCCAGCAGACACCCCGAAAUCCGAGCACUCGGAUGAACUGGACCAUGUCUCGCCUCUUCCCUCACCAUCCCGCUCCUCGGUUGGACUGUCUGCGACGGGUGCGCCGCCGUUGUCUCGAAAUGAUUCCACCAACUCCGCCCGCUCUUUACACUCUAAUCCAUCGCACCAGGGCCGAGGGAGAUCGUCCACAAUGGGAUCGCUGGCCGAGAACCAGGAAGACUUGUCUCCAGUGCCGUACCUGGCCUCCUCAGGGCGCACGUCCACCUCCACCAGCGGUCGGAAGAGCUUUGGAGAUCUGUUCAACAUCACCCAGCGGCUGAGGCAAAAUUCAGAACCGCCGAUUCCUCGCAAUGCGUCUCCCGGUUUGGGUGGUGCAUCCACUCCCAUCUCGAAGCCCGAACCUCCGCCCUGUCCCGAACGUCAAGAUGAUGAUACACCGGCCGCCUAUCUGGCCCGGUUGGAAGAAAAUCUUCCCCGGGGCAUGGUCGCCGGGCCAUUAUGUCAAUCCCCCGAUGAAUUCUUCAAAAUUGCUCUUCGGAAAUACAUGAGAGGAUUCGCAUACUUUGGCGAUCCCAUUGACAUGUCCAUUCGCAAGCUUUUGAUGGAGGUGGAGCUUCCCAAAGAAACACAGCAGAUUGAUCGGUUCCUGCAGGCGUUCGCUGAUCGCUAUCACGAGUGUAACCCGGGAAUUUUUGCAUCCACUGACCAAGCAUAUUUUAUCGCCUUUUCAAUUUUGAUCCUCCACACCGACGUUUUCAACAAGAACAACAAACGCAAGAUGCAAAAGCCCGAUUACGUGAAGAACACACGUGGUGAGGGCAUCUCGGACGAUAUCCUCGAGUGUUUCUAUGAGAACAUUUCCUACACCCCUUUCAUUCAUGUCGAAGACGCCAAUCUUCGCGAACGACACCUCGCAAAACCCCGUCGAACCCUCUUCAAGAGUACCAGUUCCGAACACCUGCCGCGCGUUGCGCGAGAACCGGUUGAUCCCUAUACCCUGAUUUUGGAUGGUAAAGUCCAGUCCCUACGACCCAGUCUAGGGGAUGUCAUGGAUCUGGACGACACCUACAACCAUUUCGGCACUGCGGGGCCGCCAGAUAUGGACGAUCUUCAUCAAGCCUUCACCAAGUCCGGAAUUUUGCAGAUUGUGUCUCUGCGCUCCCGGCCCGAUGCGUUCAUGCAAGCAAGUCUUGACAACCCCGCCGAGUCAAAUCCGGGGCUGGUCGACAUCAAGGUGGCCAAGGUUGGACUGCUUUGGCGGAAAGAUCCUAAGAAGAAGAGGGCGCGGUCACCGUGGCAGGAGUGGGGUGCUAUUCUCACUUUCUCGCAGCUCUACUUCUUUCGCAACGUGACCUGGGUACGCUCACUGAUGGCACAGUACGAUGCUUAUGUGAAGAACGGGCGCCAUGGAACCCUGGUUUUCCGGCCACCUCUUGCGGACUUCAAGCCGGAUGCCAUCAUGUCUACAAACGACGCGGUUGCCUUGAUGGACACAAGCUACAAAAAGCACAAAUACGCAUUUAUGUUCGUCCGGCAUAACGCGCUGGAAGAAAUUUUCCUCGCGGGCACCGACGGCGAAAUGAAUGACUGGAUCGCCAAGCUCAACUACGCUGCAGCCUUCCGGACCACUGGUGUGCGCACCAAGGGUAUGAUUGCCACCAAUUACGAAGGCCAACGGUAUCGCACGAGUCAGCGGAUUAGCUCUAUCUCUUCACUCAAGUCACGUCAAUCAAUGGACAAAGAACCUCCUUCCCCCAGCAUUGACACUGACAUUGUGGCCGAGUUUGUUGCCGCGCGACGGCAGCUGAUGAGCCAAAAGGUGCGCGAAACAAAUGAAAAGCUCUUGAUCUCGCAGAAACAGUUGGAUGAGUUGCUGCAGAAUGCUCGACACUUGCAGAUUCUGACCCCGGUCCAUCCCCGGGCACGGGAGGGCGUCAUAAUGGCUGCGGGGCGCAUGUCGGCCAAACUUAAAUGGAUCAGACAGGAUAUUUGGCGGAACAAAUGUUACCGCGAAGUUCUCCUUCGAGACUUGGGAGAGGAUGAAGAGGAAUUCGAAGGCAGGACAGGGUCGGUGGUCGAUCAACCACCACCCACUGUCGGUUCAAUCCGGCUGGCUUCCACCUCUGGACCUUCGGUGACUUCCGAGCCCAGCGUGGGUCGAGCCCCCAGUGUUAUACAUACAGCUUCAAGUCACGAUACGACCGAGCCAGCUGCGCCAUCUGUCGACCGGCCUGUCGAGCAUGGCUUGCUUACUCAACUCUCGGUUGGUGACAUGCGACGCCCAAGCAUCCCUGCAUCUACCACCUCGGCCGAUGUGGCUCGCGCUGGACGGCGGCUCUCUGCUGGUGGUAUUCAGGAACGCGCCAAGUCAACCUCCCCCGACCCUAAGACUAUUCAACUGGAACGUGAAGCCUCGGUGCUGAGCCGUGGCAGCCGGCUUGACGAAGUUAGUCUCGGCUCGCGAGGCUCCAAGCUGACAUCUCCCGCCAGCUAUGAUGACGGCGAGGAGCGCCUUCUGAGGGAUGCUGGCUUAUUGGAUCUCGGUGGUUCGUCUCCCUCGCGCAACCCCGCCAUCGCCGUAUCCGAUGAAGGGGCCGACAGCAAAACCGAUGGGCCAUCUGAAAUGCCCCAAGGCGACAUGCCGAGUCGGGUACGUCGCAGUCUUCACCGGACUUUGCGCGACUCGCACCACGGUCAUGGACACCACUCUCGUGGAAGGAAGGGCCGGGAGUCUGUUUCCAGUACUGGGUCUCUUGAUGACAACAGAAACUCCCAAGAGGGCGAAGUCUUGCCUCGCAAAGCACCCAGCUUUACCGUUCACGGCAAGAAAGCAUCGAUUGUCACCUUUGGGUCCGAGUGGCAGAAUAUGCCCCCUGAGGAGCGUCUCAAACUGCGGAAGCCCACACCAUCGGAGGAACCGCGGGCCUCAGAUCCUGCUAUUAUCGCGGGCGGGGAGACUGCAUCUGAUCGCACCCCAGGCCGGGCUCAUUCCUUGUGUAGUACAAGCACCACUACUGGACUCAGCCUUGGCACUCAUGACGAGCCGGCCGAUUUCAAAGAUGCCGCUGAAGAGUUACCCGUGGAGGACUCAGACCGGCCACUGCCUCAAGUCACAGCUUCGGUCCCGGAUCCAGUCUUGGAGCAGUCAGAGACAGAAAAUACACCCCGCUCUCCAUCUCAUGUGGCAAUAUACAAUGGCCAUCUCGCCGCGCCAGGCGACGACCGAUCCACGUCAGCUUCAUCCACAUCUCUGAGCGAGCGAGUCAUGGACACGCCAUCUCAAGAGAACCUCCGACAACAAGCUGUGGGCGCAUGA